AUGUACGAGACAAUCAAAGAUGUCGGCAAAAAACAUACGGGCGUCGAAGGGUUGCCCGCAGAAUUGCACGCCUUCCAUGCGGAGGGAUCGGAGCCAUGGGAUCGCGGCGACAAGGCGGCCAAACGUCGCCAAGGAAGGGAACGUGACGUCGUACAGGUGCAGCUGUUCAACCGGGCGGCGGUUGAUUCGAGCGAGAUCGCGGAAGACGGCGUCGGGAUCCAAAUCCUGCGCCCGCCAUCUCGCGUACUUGAUCAUCAGGCAAUGGAGGUUUAUCCAUCUUCCACCGAACCUGGACGCCAACAACCCCAGCUAUACCAUGCAGCGCUGUCGGCAGAGCUCUUGUCUGUGUGCACCUCCUGUCAGCGUACAGUUAAAACGUUGUUUGCGGGCAACCUACGUAUACCAUCCUUUGCGAUGUUCAUGGUCCGGCGCGGCCCUCUUCUGUGCAUCUGGAACACGACCAAUGCAAUCGUGCGGCGGCUGUCAGGAUCACGAGCAUAUGCAUGCUGUGGGAACGAGGACACACAAUUCGCUCUAUCCACUAUCUUCAUCAUCAGACAUGUGCGGGCGUAUGGGCCCCGUGCGAGCCCAGAUGCGAGGUUCCUCGGAAUGAGGAGUGCACGGGACGGGCAUAGGCGACUGGCUGCCGUAGCUGCUGUUGAUGUAGUUCGUCUUCCGAUGCCUGCCCUAUGCAGUGUAGGCUGGUGCGAAGAGUUGUAUGCGAUGCAUGGGCCCGUGGAAUACCAGUACAAUACAUUCGGCGGAUUCAUCCGGGCUCUGCGAAAGGCAAAGCGUGUUCAAUGCCAUUCCACGACCGCGUGGGCGCCUCGAUUUCGUGUCGAGUACCUCGUCUAUACGCGUGGACAAACCGCGAUAGAACGCGUCGGAUUCCGCGACGAUCUCACGCGUUCCGCUAUGAAGGCGAAGCCCGUCCUGCUUCGAACAAUGUCAGAGCCGCCCUUUUAUCCCCACGGUUCUGCCAUCUUCCUCGGCAAAAGCAUGCAUACGCCGCGCGAGGGAUUCGGCGAGCAGCCGUGUCUUGGUAUAUAUCAUCGCUUGUGCAUAACGACUUUCGGGUUGCAGAAGAGUGUCUUCAAAACCGCUGCACCUGCUACCUGUGGAGGCAACAUGAACAAUCGCAACAGCACUUACAAUGAUGCAGUCAAUGUCCCCGCCUGGGCGAUCCCAAAGCCUGUCAAAGAGGAUGCAAGCUCCUCAUUAGCACGCUAUAUGGGGUUCUCUUCAUGGCGCGACCCCCAAUUUGGAAGGUUCACGUCGAUCAUGCGCAAGCUGAUAGACAAGUAUCUGGACACGCGUUGUUAUUACAAGUACCAGGAUGAAGAUGGUAUGAAGCGGGUGAAGAAAGAGGCAUGUGUCAAGUUGGACUGGCUUCGACGUUAUCAAGAUGCAUGGCCCAUCGGCCUAUAUACCAGGUUGAGACUGAAGUUUUUACGCUUUAAUGAGCGGAACAAUCCCCAUGUUUCUAGCAAGAAUGUCAGCGGGCAGGAGCAUGAUUGUGUUGAAGAGGAACCAAGAACCGGCAUGCAUGCGCCGAGAGACAUACCCUCUAGGUCUCAGGCACGGUCUUUUAAAGAUCCAGCGCAGAUCGCACAAGAGGCGGGCUUCGCCGUCGGGAAGAAGCUAAAGGUUACCGGCGUCGUCGCCACGAGGGACGCGGUCAGCCUCAACACCCGGACGAAAACAAACAAUGCCGUCUCCUCGAGCAUUGGCUCCGGCUCGAACAUACAGGGGCACUGGAACACCUAG